UGUGACGUUAGAUAUCGUUGUAGUGUCAGUAUUGUUGACUAAAACUUUUAAUAUAGGCUUAACUUCUUAAAAAUUAUAACAUUUCAAUCUUGUAUGACCAUUUCGCCAUUUAGAAAAAAAUAUAUAUAUAAAAGUUUUGAAUAUAAAUAAAGACCUGGUUAUUAUAAAUAUAUUCAAAGACAAUAUUAAUAAAAUGUAAGAUUACCGAGUUGUGAAAUUUGGUUAGGCCCAGUGUAAAUAUCGUUAUUUACCAAUAUUUCGAUAAUGUUUUCUAACUUCAAGAAUAAUGACACUAACUUAGUAACUAUCGUUAGCGAAUGUUGUAAAAUGCAUCAAUCUUUGCCUUUGGAAAUGUAAUCAAGUUACUGUGUAAUAAAGCUUGCUAAAGGGUGAAUGGCUUGUGGUACCAGUUGCUGUCAGCAGUAGUGGAGGCCAGAACUUCACAGGAAUUUUAGAGGAAAAUCAACGAUCGCCUGAAAAAAUAAAGCAUGAGCUUAAAUGUGUUUCUCAAUGAAACCAGUUAUUCUUAAUGAGUAAGAGUCAGAAGAAACAGAAAUAAUUCGUAGUUACUGUCAGAUAUGGAAGUGUCUCUUGUGAGUGCAUGGUUUGUUCAUGAAGUUGAAAAACCAUAGCAGUUCAAAUUAUAUAACUAAAUUCAUCACUUUACAUCUCAUAUUUUAAUAUUCAAGAAUGAAUGGAAAUAGUGAUGAAAACAUUUUGUUCACAAGUCAAGAAUUAAAUCAAAGAGUGGCUACAGCAAGUUUGUGCAACACUGAAGUUAAAGAAAGUGGAGGCAAUUUUUGUGAUACUGCUUUUUCCCAUCCACAUUUUAUUAGUAGAACUUCUCACAAUUCUGCUGAACUUCAGGUUUCACCACCAAAGGAAAUUUUGAAUUUAGAUGCUUCUCCAUGUAGUCAUGCUGUAAGUAUGCAUAAUAAUAUUGACACAUCCUCUAACUGCAGUGAUGUCAUUAUGAAUUAUGGAAUGGCAUCUAGACCAGAAGCUCUUGCUGUUCAGCCAGGUUUUCCUUCACCUUCAUUAUCUGAAAAACCUGUGAAUGAAGAAAUUAUAGUAACAUCUCACAUUCCUUCACACACAGAAAAUUUGUUAGUAGAGAGAGUCUCCCAUCAUUCUGGGGUUACCUCAGACAGGAUACCUUCACAAAAUAUACUUAGCAACAGAGGAUCUCCUCAACCACUACCAUCCCUUCAUGAGAUAUUGAAUGUUUCUCCAAAUAUGGAUGAUGAAAUGCACCAUCAGUUCUUGAGGCAGGCAGCCAAGGUUGUAGAGCAGAUAACACGUGUCUCUAGUUCUCGAAGUGGGCAAAAUGUGAUAGAUAGCUGCAGAAAUUUGGCCCCAUCAGUCUACUGGAAACAUUUUUUAGGCACAUCAUACACUGGAAAAAAAACAGCUUCAGAGGUUUGCUUAAUGAAUAAUAAUGAAAACAAACAAGAGUUUCCUUCUAUUAAUCUUGAAACAAAAACCAAAGAUCUUGAAAAACCUGAAUCAAAAGUUGAACAAGAACCUCUUAAAGAUGAAAUUAAUGGUCAGUCAGAACCAAUAAAACAAAAUGUGCCUUUUGCAAUAAACAUGUCAAAUAACCAGGAAUCAAAUUUGAAAAGUAUACAACAAACUACUGGUACGCUGUCUUCAUUGACUACAAAUGAUUCAUCAGUUAGAAAUUCAUCUGUUUCAAAAACUCCAGUUCAAUCAAAUACAAUUAUGGCACGUAGUGGAAUUAAACCAGAAUUAUAUACAGAAGAACGACACCUGCUUGUACAGAGUGGUGUGAAAGCAGAGAGUAAAAGAAUAACACCACAAGGUGUUCCUUGCCACAGAUGUUGUAAAACAUUUUCAGAUAGUCGUAGCCUGCAACGACAUUUACUUGUACAUAGAGGUUUUCGUCCAUACCAUUGUAACUAUUGUCCAAAGGCCUUUAUGCUAAAUGGUGACCUAAAGCGUCAUUUGAGAAUUCAUAAUGGUGAAAGACCAUUUGCCUGUGAAGUGUGUGGACGGAGGUUUACCUUGAAAGGAAACCUAAUGCAACAUUUUCGAACACAUACACCAGAAAAGCAGUUCACUUGCACAAUUUGUCGUAAAAACUAUGCACAAAAAGACAGCCUUUAUCGUCACAUUCGAGCACAUUUUGGGGAAAAGCCUUAUGAGUGUACAACUUGUGGUAAGCGAUUUAGCUUGAAAGGGGACUUGAGCAGACAUAUCUUAAUUCACAGUGGGCUGAAACCUCAUUCAUGUAGAGUUUGUGGAAGAAAAUUUGCCCUUAAGGGUAAUUUAACUCAACACAUAAGAACACACAGCAGAGAAAAACCUCCAGGAAGAAUCACAAACAAAGAGAUAGGUGUUGUAGAAUCUCUUCAGACAUUUCAGGGCUUAACUAAUGUUUAUGGUGCUGCUUAUGGUGGUAUGCAACAGCAUACAGAUUAUUCUGAUGCAUUUUCAUCUAUUUCAACCCAGUCAGGUUCAACAGUGCAGUCAAAACAAAUAUGUAUACAGUCUUCUUCCAGGUCUAUAACAGAAAAUAGUCUUAAUGGCACUCUGGCAGUUAACUUAUCCACACCUCCAUCAACCUCCAAAGCCCAGGCUUCUUCAAAUGUAACACAACAUUCUCCAGCAGAAUCACCUCAAGGAGGGCUGUCAUUUUGCUCUGAAUGUUCCAAGACCUUUUCCACAGUUGCUAAGCUGCAUGAGCAUGUACAAAUGGUACAUGAACAGUCAAUGACAUCUGGAUUCAAUUCACAGGAUUGUAAUUAUUGUGAAAAAGGAUUUUCUAACAAAGCAGAGUUAUCUCAUCAUAUUAGCACACAUUGUGCUGUGAGACCUUAUGAAUGUCAUAUUUGUUCCAAGACAUUUACAUUGAAGGGCAACUUACACCAACAUCUGACAACUCAUCAGCUAGGUAAAUCAUUUUUUUGUCCCAUGUGUGAUAAACCUUUUGGAAACCAGCGAAAUCUGAAACUGCAUGUGAAACGACAUGAAACUGCACGAGCAAAUUUUGCCUGUACUAACUGUGGUCGGGCUUUUUUAGCUAAGUCAGAUCAUUUUUUCCAUUAUUGUAAAAUGGAAGAAAGAUGUGAAACAAAAAUAGUGAAUUCUGUGCAAGCUGCUUCCUCUCCAUCAAAAAACAUAAUUUCAUCUUCCUCACUUUCUACUGGAACUGAUCGCAUAUUGAGUUUGCCAGCAUUUCCUUCAUCAUCAUCAUCAUUACCUGAAUCCACUUCAAUACCAUCUUGUACAAACACUUUAAAAAAUAAUAAUCAAAUUCCAGAAAUAGCCAAGUCUGAAGUGAUUGAAAGUUCCCAAUGCACAAUCAGUACAUGCACAUCUUUGCAAUCUGGAAUAGUUACCACACCAAUAAGCACAUCUUCAAAUGGAUCGCAGUCAUUUUUGGGACCUAUUUAUCGACAUCUAUACUUUAACAACAUAUAUCAAGAUAGCCACGAGAAAGAAGAUUUGCGCAUGGUAGUCCAGCCUUCAGUUCAAGAUCCCAACAAUGUAUGUUUAGGGAAGGAACAUUCAAGAUUGUUACUAUCCACAUCAAGAGAAUAGCACUGUAAUUUGAAUUUGAUUUCAUAAUGUUUCUUGAUUGCACAUUUAUGUAAAGUACAGGUCAAGUACAUAUACAGCACAAAGUGAUAAUUAAUUACCAAUCAUUUUCCAUUUUGAAUGCUAAGUAUACAUGUAAGUAUAUAUAAAUAGUGUUAGGAUUAAAAAGUAGGAAUUGCAUGUAUUUAAAUUUUAGUGUUUUCAGCUUUGUUGUACUAAUUAAGGAGGUGGAUAUAACCAAAAAAUAUGUUGUACAACAUUUGUUUC